AUGGAGGACAAUGAGGAUGCUGAACUCAAGGACCUCAACCAUAGGGAAGUCGGUUGGAAAGCACUUCACUGGAUAUCAUCGUUGGCUUUAUUACUACUAUUACCGUCGAUAUCUACAGUGCUAUCAUUUGCAGAUGAACACUAUUUAUCAGUUUUUGCUCAGUAUAUCUCUGCUUCUUACUCGAUUCUUGAGGUAUUGUUUUUAAGGUUUCCUGAUGGUGAUGGGGUUGAAAAUAGAACUUCGAGAGGUACUGCAUGGUUUUUAAUGGUUUUGACAUGUUUUACUGCCUUUGUAGGAAGUUUGAUCUCAGGAUCAAAAUUCUUUUUUUUAAAGAAUAAAUGGAAGAGUGGUGAGAGAUCACUAAUAGUUUUGCAUAGAAUCCUAUCAAUGUUAUGUUUAUUAACUGGCUGGGUUAGAAUUUGUUUGGCUGUUGUAGCAUUGUUCGGAUUUUGCAGAGAUUCUCAUACUGGUCAAUGUAUUGCUCAUGGGAUAAUGGGAACUUCAUUCAUACUUUAUGGAUCGUUAUUAUCGAUAGUAUUGGUUUUACCAUGGUUAAGAAAUGGAACCAACCAAAAAAAUUCCCAAGAAUUCUAUGACUCGAUAGUUAUAACGGUAUGGGGUUUUGUCAAUACAUGGACAGAACAUCGUUGGGGCAAAGAACCAUGGAGUCAUUCAGAUUAUCAACACACCUCAAUGGGGAUAAUUUGGUGGUCUGGAGGAUUUUUGGGUGUAUUUUUAAGCAAGAAUAAUCAAAGAUCUUUCAUUCCAUCGGUAAUAUUGAUAUUUACCGGCUGGGCCAUGAGCGUUCACCACCAGCAUUUGGAAAUUAGCACAAAGGUUCAUUUUUUCUUUGGAUUGUCGCUAAUGAUUGCUGGACUAUCGAGGCUCAUUGAGAUAAAUUUUGUUUUAAAUAACCAAAGAUCAAUAUCGAAUAAAAUUCUCCCUUUCCAGUACUUGCCAUGUUUUUUCUUGGUUGAAUCUGGUUUGUUGUUCAUGGGUGCAAAUGAACAACAGUUGGAGCUUGUGAAUUCCUUACACGCAGACCACUCGGCUUAUAUCAUGGUGCUAAGUUCUGGUGCUUUUCUUAUAUAUUUCUGGGUGCUCCUAUUGCUCGAGAUCUACUUGUACUUGGUUGGGAUAGACAAGCUCUCUGGGCAAGACUGUUCCAAUGGCAGCUACCAGAGAUUGGACGAGAACAGCACUCACACCAGAAACGACAUUGAGCUCGAGUCCUUCAGCGACAACGAAGCAGGCUCUGUGUAG